AUUCUAACCAUCUUGUUUUGAUGAUGAAUAUGAAGGCUCGCUAAGCCGGUCUGGAGCGGAGUGUCUCAGUGGCUGCGCUCCUUCCAGAGCCCAAGGACUUACAGCCGCGUCGCUGCCUUCCUGUGCCAACGACCCCCCAAAAGUUGUGAUGCUUUUCUUUACCCAGUGCUUUGGAGCUGUGUUAGAUCUCAUCCACCUCCGCUUUCAGCACUACAAGGCUAAACGGGUGUUCGCCGCCGCUGGCCAACUUGUCUGCGUCGUAAACCCCACGCACAACCUGAAGUAUGUGUCCAGCUGUCGCGCUGUCACUCAGAGUGCACCAGAGCAAGGCGGCUGCCACCACGCCCACCCUCACCACCUCCACCACCAGCAGGCAGAGCUGCGUGCCACCCAGGUGACGCCCUGCCUGUGCCCCCUAUUCUCCUGCCAGUGGGAAGGCCACUUGGAGGUGGUGGUGCCCCACCUGCGGCAGACGCACAGAGUGGAUAUCCUGCAGGGAGCCGAGAUCGUCUUCCUGGCCACGGACAUGCACCUCCCGGCCCCGGCUGACUGGAUCAUCAUGCACUCCUGCCUCGGCCACCACUUUCUGCUGGUGCUCAGGAAGCAGGAGAGGCAUGAAGGGCACCCCCAGUUCUUUGCCACCAUGAUGCUGAUUGGGACCCCCACCCAGGCCGACUGCUUCACCUACCGCCUGGAGCUCAGCAGAAACCAUCGGCGUCUCAAAUGGGAGGCCACCCCCAGGUCUGUCCUUGAGUGUGUGGACUCGGUGAUCACUGAUGGGGACUGCCUCGUCCUCAACACCUCGCUGGCGCAGCUCUUCUCCGACAACGGCAGCCUUGCCAUCGGAAUCGCUAUCACUGCGACAGAGGUCUGCUCCUCAGAAGCCGAGAUGUGAAGUGAGGCCACCGGAGGCUCACACAGCCACCCUCCUCCAAGAAACUCUGCUUGUGCCCAUCGGAUCUCCAGAUUCCAGGGCUCCACACUCCUUUUUAUUCUUCUUCCUUCACCACCCUCCCUCCCUUCCU